UGGGUGGGGGUGGGGGGGUUCUCGCACGCUCUUCCUCUCGAUCGCUUCUCCGGAACUGAGUGGGACUCCGCCAUGAGGAGGGAAAGCUGCCAGGUGUACUGCAUCUUCGGGCAUGGACGCUCCAGCUCCUCCGAGGUCCAGAAGGAAGAGGAGACCUUGAAGGAGCCCACCCAGUUUCCGAGCUCCGCUAAAGAGGAGCAAGUUCCACCUAGCAAACGUGGUUCCCGGGUGAGAUGGGCACUAGGGAUCCUGCCCGUUGUUUCCUGCGCCGCUACCAUCGCUUUAGCCACCCACUACUUGAUGCCCCCGCCCUCCUCGGUGUUCUUCCUGGCAUGCAGCGUGGAGUUCCCUAACUUGAGCUUCUCUGCGGAGCUCGCCGACGGCUCCUCGGCGCAGUUCCGCCUGCAGGCUGUGGCUUUAAAGCCUUACUUCUCAGAAGUCUACAAGUCCUCCCCGUGGAGCUCUUACUACCUGCGCUCAGGGAUUGUCGCCUUCAGUGAAGGCAUAGAAGGCCUCAACGUGUUCUACUGGAGUCAAUUCUCUGCCCCGGACCACGUCGCCAUGGCGAUACGGCGGUCCAGCCCGGAGAGGCUGCAGCGUAGACAUCCGGGCAGCAACAAGGUUCUGCGGGGCGACGGACGCGAGCAGCGCUACUACUUGGAGCACGACGACGUCACGCUACAUCUACUGGGUUUGGAUCCGGACGAAUGGGAAGAAAAUUCCGACAAGCUUAAGAAUCCAAACAGCCUCCAGAGUGGAAAGUGGCAGCUCGGCUUCCAAGUGGUGUCCAUCGACCUGUACACUAAACACGGCGUGAACCGCACUCUCGUUCUGAUGAGUCCCAAGAAGCUGUACUACCAGUGGCGCCUUCGCGUGCCGUCGGGCCACGCGGUCCGCCUGGUGGUCCUCGCGCUGCACGGCGGCGCCGCGCCGGGAAGCUGCGGCGCUCACAAGCUGUCGGCCUACGACUUCCUGCUUCCUUUGCAGAAUAAGAUCAUCGCCAGGUACGCUCUCCCACAUGGUGUUUUUUUACAUGUUUAUGUCCACCACUUUUGUUGUUGUUGUGCCCACAGGUGGUGCGGCCUGCCCGUGCCGCAGGGCUCCUCGCCCGCCAUGGGGCUGACGUCCUCGGGGAACGUCAUGCUGCUCACCUUCUCCUUCAGCCGGCAGAGGGAGGGAACCGUCUUCAAGGCCUACUUUCAGGCUGUGCCCAAAGCACGUUGUGGAGGGUCACUGUCCUCUUGGAAUGGCUCCGUUUCCUCCCCUUACCACCCCUCUCACUAUCCUCCUAAUAUAGACUGCAGGUGGACAUUACGAGCACCGUUGCCCGGGUACCUGAUCUCCGUGACGAUGGUGACGCUUGACAUCCAGCCGUCGUCGGACGGCUGCGAGAAAGACUGGCUCGACGUCGGUGGCGUCAAGAUGUGCAACCAGGUGUCGGGUAGCGGCAGAGGGCGUGUCUACUCGUCUCCGCUCUCCAUCCACUUCCACUCGGACGGAGCCCUGACUCGGCGGGGCUUCGAUCUGCGCUACCGGGCCUUCUCGCCGGAGGCAUCCUGCUCGCCGCGUCAGUUUGGCUGCGGCAACGGCGGCUGCAUCCCUUUAAGGAAAGUGUGCGACGGCGUCAGGGACUGCGAGGAUGGACGCGACGAGGCCAAAUGCUCACCAUGCAGGCCUGGCGAGGUGUUGUGCGGUAACGGACAGUGCAAAGCUCAAAGCGGCCAGUGUGGCGUGUGCGCAGACAGCGGCGAAGACAGCGGAUGCAGAAGUAAAUGUUACCACACGUGUGCCAAAAAAGUGUGCGUGCCCAAGUCUUCAGUGUGCGAUGGCGUUGUGGACUGUGCAGACCGCAGCGAUGAAGUAAACUGCACCCGAGCACACCUCAAAGGUUGCCCGUCAUCCUCGUACAAAUGCGGCAACGGAAAGUGUGUGAGCAAACUCAACCCCGAGUGUGACGGACUCAAAGACUGCCAGGACGGGUCUGAUGAGCUGCGGUGCGGUUGCGGCGUCCGGGCCCGGAAGAGGCCCAGGAUCGUGGGGGGCGCCGACGCGUCCCCGGGCUCGUGGCCGUGGCAGGUGAGCCUCCAGAUGGAACGUUACGGUCACGUCUGCGGCGCCACCCUGCUCGCCGCGCGCUGGCUCGUCUCGGCCGCACACUGUUUCCAAGACUCGGACGCCAUCAAGUAUUCGGAUCCGCGCGCAUGGCGGGCCUACAUAGGGAUGCGCUUGAUGGCGGCGGGCAAGAACGCCGCCGCCGCCGCCAGCCGGCCCUUGCGCCGGAUCGUCCCGCACCCCGCCUACGAGCGGCUCACGUCCGACUACGACAUCGCCCUGGUGGAGCUGGGCGCCCCCGUCUUUUUCAACGAGCUUGUGCAGCCGGUGUGUGUGCCCGCACCUUCGCACGCCUUCGCCAUCGGGACCAGCUGCUACGUCACCGGCUGGGGCGUCCUCACGGAGGACGGGGAGCUGGCGUCUCGCUUGCAGGAAGCCUCGGUGCGGAUCAUCAACAGGAACACCUGCAACGAGCUCUACGACGACGCCGUCACUCCCAGAAUGCUUUGCGCGGGGAACCUGCAGGGCGGGGUGGACGCCUGCCAGGGUGACUCUGGGGGUCCGCUGGUGUGUCAGGAGCACGGGCGGCGCUGGUUCCUGGCGGGCAUCGUGAGCUGGGGCGAGGGCUGCGCCAGGCAGAACCGUCCCGGCGUCUACACGCAGGUGGUCAAAUUUGCCGAGUGGAUCCACGGGCAGACCCGAGGUCAGGUGUGAUUGACCCAACAAAAGACCAAGAAAACAACAACAAAACACGUUUUUGUUGUGUUUCGGAUCAAAACAAUAAUAAAUACAAAAAUCACUCAAA